AUGGCAUCCAAGAGAAACCCGCUUCGUGACCUCACACCAACAGAGGGCCAGGGGGAGACACUCCGCGAGAAGGCCACCAAGACCCUCCACGGCCCCGACGCAAACCCAUCCCAGCUGGGCGACCCAAUCAGCCUCAAAGCCGAGGCCAGCGACAACAUCCCCAAGCCCGACGAGGCCGGGUCCCAGUCGUCACCAACGCCGCCAUCCAAGUCCGGCGGCGGCAGCGGCGGGGCCGGCGGCGAGACGCUCCGCGAGAAGGCAGCCAAGAAGCUUCACGGCCCAGGUGCCAACCCGUCCCAGCUCGGCGACCCCAUCAGCCUCAAGGCUGAGCAAAGCGGCAAUGUCCCCACGCCGGGCGAGGAGGGGGCUCACCCUGGCGGGCGGGAGCAGCAGCAGCAGCAGGGAGGCAAAGGAAGACCGUCGAAGCUAUGA